UUUGUCGUCGGAAGAGCAUUGGUAUUCGGUCCCUCGUUUUUCCAUUCGAAAAUCUCAAAAUGCCGCCGAAGAAAUCGAAGAAUGGUUUCUACAGAUUUAUGCAGGAUUUCAAGAAGACUCAAGAGCAAAAGGGAAAAAUUUAUCCUGAGGGAAUUAAAGAUGUGCAGAAUGAUCCAGAAUGUUCAAAAGCGUGGCAGCAAUUAUCGGAGAAGGAGAAACAGCGGUACAAUGGAACGAAUGAUAAAGGAAAGGGCCAGACAGAGAAGUUGACAGGCUGGGGUGAGAGGAUCUCGGACAUCCUGGUGAGACAGAAAAAACACCAGGAGUACGAGGCGAACAUGAGAGCAGACAUCGAGGAGACUCUUCGCCUGGCCCAGGUCUGCGAGAGCGUUCCCGAUCUCACGGUGUACAUCAUCCACGUGAAUUACUUCUACUCGAAGGACCUCCCAGACUCAUCGGUCCUGUACAUCCCCGCUGAAAUAGCUAUAUGUGAAUUUUCUAUUGCUGAGGGAAUCAAGAGGUCCUACCACCAGAUCAUCAAGUCCGACGUCGAACUGGGAUACGCCAGGUCGACCCUAGAGCACUGCGACAGAACCCACAAGCUCUGCCCAGAUUAUGAAUACGGGGAGGAUGAUUAUUCCAAGAUUUACAAAAAAUUUCGAGAGUUCUUGAAGACCACGGAGGAACAGACUGGAAAAAUACCCCCCAUUUACACACGUCAGAAGUUCGUUACUGUCGUCUCCUGCUUUCUGGAUCGAAUUACCCUGAGUGCAGGACUCCCCAAGGAAACAUUUCCACUCUACUCCUUGGAGUGCCUCUUUGGGAAGCUGAUGUUCAUGUGCAAUCCUGAUAAGAUUGAUCGUCACUCCUGCAAUCCAGUCCUCCUGGCAGAGUCUGAAUUCGAUAAAGACUCUUUCGCCUACUCUCCCAACAUCGAGUGCCUGUACCACCACCAGAUCGAAGGCACUUCAAUCCACUGCAGUCUCGCUAUAAUUCGUCAGUGGUGUUUCAUCAUCUGUGCCUACUGCUGCAACUGGUUCAACAUUGAUAUUAUCCCUGAUGUUCACUGUCCUGCCCUUCACUGCACAGACGACAUCGAUUUCAUCUCCACGAGUGUCAAGUCCCUCAAUAUCGACAAGAAGUUCCAGCCCAGUACCUUAAAAUCCAUGACUGGUGUGAGUGAUAAGUACAGGUAUGAGAAAGCUGGACGUACCUUCGAGGAAGAGGCGCAACGCAGGAAGGAAGCCAUGAAAAAUCCCCUGGAGAUUAUUGAUCACGGGAAUAAUGCACCAGGUGAAAUUGCUAAGACAUUUCCGAAGUUCUACAGACCCCUCAGACCACCGAAUAAUCUCUCAGUGAUCUUCAAGGGAAGUGACAACCCCUCGACAUCCCACAGCUCCACUACUUCAUCGCUCGGGGCCACAGGACAUGGGAAAUCCAGUGCCACUGUAAAACGACCCCAGAUGAAGGGGAUAGGUCGUGGCGGAAUCGCCACUGAUUAACUGGAGCUUUUCCUUUUUUCCUCGGAUUCCUCGGAGAAGAAAUCCCUGAAAUAAUUAUUAUAAUCAUCUAUAAUAAUUAUUAACAUUGAUGACUGCGAGAAAACUACAAGACUUUGUUUAAUUUCUUCAACCAUUAUUAAUUAUCCACUU